GUUUGAGCGUUGAGAUUUGAAAAAGUGUUGUUUUGAGGCGUUUUUCGAUCCGUACCUCAAGUUUUUAGUAUGCAGUGAUUCCUUUCGGGGCUAUUCAGUACUGAGUGACACUGGCCAAGUACGUGCUUGCAGUCGUGUGAAAUCAUGCAACUGGUUUUUAAAUGGCCUUGGCAGUUCCAUUUUUACGUAUGUACGAUGAUAUUUGUUUUUAACCCUUUUUCCCUUUUUGUUCUCUGCCAUAGACUUUUGCUGUAGAUAUGCUUUGCUUGUAUUUUGCGCUGUUGUUUAUGAGAGUUUCGUGAUUUUGAUGUCACCGAGAGAAGCAUUUGGCUUUUAUUUUGGUCUUUUCUUUACCCGAAAGUCAUUUUCAGACCUGGUGACGUUUUAAUGGAAACUUUUCUUGCAGCAUACCUGUCACGUUUGUUUAUUUUUGCAGGUUUUUCUUUCAUUUUUUGAAUGCCUUAUCCUUUUGCAGAUGCUUUUAAGGUGAAGUGAUUUUUGGAGGUGCGCAUUUUUCACGUAGAUGAUGCAAAUUAAGGUGUCUGUGAAGGGAAUAAUUGUUUCUUUGGGGAAAAUAUCAAUCAGUGCGUCUUUGCUUUCACCGAAGAUGAACAGACUCUCCUUUGCAGGAGAAGAAUGACCGGGAAGUGUCAGACCAGCAAUGUCACUAACAAGAACGACCCGCGCUCCCUCAACUCACGGGUCUUUAUCGGCAACCUCAACACCGCUAUUGUGAAGAAGACCGACAUCGAGGUCAUCUUCGCCAAGUACGGCAAGAUCGUGGGCUGUUCGGUGCACAAGGGUUACGCUUUCGUCCAGUACAUCAGUGAAAGGAACGCACGGGCGGCCGUGGCAGGAGAGAACACCAGGAUCAUCGCAGGACAGCCGCUGGAUAUUAACAUGGCCGGUGAGCCAAAACCUUACAGGCCUAAAGCAGGAUCCAAACGACCCCUGACUGCUGUCUACAGUGGUUAUGAAUUUGAUUAUGAUUACUACCGGGAUGAUUUCUACAAUAGGCUCUUUGACUAUCACGGACGGGUGGCUCCUCCUCCGAGGGCAGUGAUUCCUCUGAAGCGUUCGCGAGUGGUGCUUCCAUCCACUCGACGCGGGAAGAGUUCGUUCCCUAUCAAAACCUCCUCCUCCUCUUCCUCAAGACCCCCAUCAUCAUCAUCGUCCUUCUCCUCUGGGAUGAAAUUGAAGUCUGAUCAACUCCAGACUAUCAAACGUGAACUGACUCAGAUCAAGAUGAAGAUCGACUCUCUUCUGGGCCGCCUGGAGAAGAUCGAGAAACAGCAGAGAUCCGAGUGUGAGCCUCAUAGGAAAUAUGAGGACAACUGCGACUCUUUACACGAGGGGUCGAUAUCAGAGAUGGCAGACAACUCCGGAGAGGAGGGAGGGGAAGGACAGCUGGAUGCGGAGGCGGGAGAAAUGACGGAUGGUGGCGAGGAUGACUACGAUGAGGAAGGCAGCACUGAUCUGAUGGAGAAUCAUGUGUCUGAUAUUGACAACUGAAGAGUUCUACAUCCAGAGAAGAAAUCAACUCUGCAUUGAACAGAAGACAUGAAACUCUGUGAAGACGGACAUCUCUUCUCAAAAAGGCCAUGAAGGCUCUCGAUUGGCUGAUUAGAUGCAGAGCAAAUAUUUUGACAAGUUUAGCAUCUGCUAGUCACUUCAGCUGUUUUUCAUUUAAUAGCAUCUGGCACAUUCAAUCAUAUAUGAUUUGCAUAUCUCCAGGAAAAGGUUCCUCAUGCAUACACUAAAGUUUGGUUUUUCCCUCAAGGAUAAUUUUCCUUAAGCAAAGAUGAAAGGUUUUUACGGUCUGUGAGUGAAAAAUGAGUCUUAAAUGUCAGAAAUGUAACAUGGCAUUUUUGAAACCUUCAGUAUUAACAGAGAACUUAUUUAAAUAAUUCUAGAAUUUUAAAGAUGUUAAAAUAUGAGGUCUGACAAUGAACGUGUUUCAUUAGAAGCCAAAACUUUUUUUGUGUCAGCUUGUUUUUGAUUACUUGCGUCUGCAUCCCCAUUUUUCUUUGUGUGUGUGUGUGUGUGUGUAAUGUGUAUUUGUACUCCAUGGAUCAAAAUACAUAUAAUUUUCCCAGAUCAAAUCAAGUAAAAUAACUAGUCAAGUACUUGGUUUAAUGAACACAUUUUAGCUCCAUACUGCCAGUUUCAUCAGACUUCUUAAACUUAGACACUUCAGGAUGACUGAAAUAUUGUCAGACCGCAGUAACUCUAAACACUUAAUUAUGUCUUAAUGUGUCAUAAUUUGUAAUGAUACUGUAAAGAUGAUAUUGCCGCUGUAUUUCGUUUUAUCAUGCAUAUGUGUGUGAAUCGGAGCGACAUGUAGUAGUCACUGUUUCUGUUCUCUAUGAUGUCAUUCAGUAUGGAGUGUGUUAUAAUGAACUCUAUUUUUGUAUGGCAGAUUUACAGAAAAAGCUUCAGAAUAUUCAUAUUCGUUCUGCUGACAUUUUCAUUCUGCUACAGUACAUAAUUUGUUUGUUUAAAUCAGAAUGUGGAAAGAUGUGUAUAGCAUAAAAAAA